CUGCCCUUGCCCGGCACCUGCCCCGCGCCGGCCCGCUCCCCGGAGCCUGCAGGGCCGGUCCCUUUCCCGCUGCCUUCGCUGCAGCUUCCUCCAGCCCGGGAAGGCGGCCCGAGCGCGGCCGAGCGGCGGCUGGACACGCUCACCCGGGAGCUGGAGCGGGCGCUGGAGGCGCGCACGGCGCGGGACUACUUCGGCAUUUGCAUCAAGUGUGGGCUCGGCAUCUAUGGAGCAAGGCAGGCGUGUCAGGCAAUGGGGAGCCUGUAUCACACCGACUGCUUCAUCUGUGACUCCUGCGGGAGGCGGCUCCGCGGGAAGGCCUUCUAUAACGUGGGCGAGAAGGUGUACUGCCAGGAGGACUUCCUGUAUUCCGGGUUCCAGCAGACAGCUGACAAGUGCAGCGUGUGUGGACACCUCAUCAUGGAGAUGAUCCUGCAGGCUCUGGGUAAGUCCUACCACCCAGGCUGCUUCCGGUGCUCCGUGUGCAAUGAAUGCCUGGAUGGGGUGCCCUUCACGGUGGACGUGGAGAACAAUAUCUACUGCGUCCGGGACUACCACACGGUUUUUGCACCCAAAUGUGCCUCCUGUGCCCGUCCCAUCCUCCCUGCACAGGGCUGUGAGAUGACCAUCCGUGUGGUGUCCAUGGACAGAGACUACCACGUGGAGUGUUAUCACUGUGAGGACUGCGGGCUGCAGCUGAGCGGGGAGGACGGACGCCGCUGCUACCCCCUCGAGGGCCACCUGCUGUGCCGCCGGUGCCACCUGCGGCGCCUCGGGCCGGGCCCGCUUCCCUCGCCCGCUUUGCGCGUCACUGAGCUCUGAGCAGGGUCGGGUGGGAGCGGGUGUUGCGGGAGAGGGCCGGGUGGGAGGCCCUGGUCGGUGUCAGGGUGUGCAGGGUCUCGUAAAUUCCACCCCGCCCCCAUCGCACACUUCCCACCGAGCUGCUGUCCUGUCCUGUCCGCAGGGGCCGGACCCCCGCGUUGAAGCUACUUCUAUUUAUUCACCGUCUGUGCCUCCUCAAGUCACCCCCGCCCCGGCCUUACUGCCCCCCACCUGCCCCAUCACUGGCUUUCGGUUCCGAGACCCUCCGAGCGCGCUCCCCGCGCAGGGUGUGGCUGGAGGGCGGGAUGGCAGAGGGCGCGCGGGUGUGCGCUUCGGGACGGAGCCCUGGCCCGCUGGUGGGUGGGGAGGGCGCCUUGUUUGCGUGGGGCCGCAGCGGGGGGGAGGAACGACACCCUCGGGGAGCACUGCGGGGUUUGGCCGUGCGGGCUUUGAAGGGUGUUUCCAGCCACACUUUCCUGUCCCCUGGCUCCUGGCUUGGGGAUCGCCCUUCCUCCCUGCCAUCCUCAGCCCCGGGAAAAGAUCGCCUGGCGAGUUCCAGCCGCAGGUGUCGCUGAAGAGGGACAGCCAGGGGGCGCCCUGCCCGCCUUGCUGGGAAAGCCCCUGUGCGCGUGUGCGCUCUGUGUAUCAGGCUCCACGACAAAAGAGAUGAUUUGACUUAAAUUAAGUUUUUCCUUUGAGGAUAUUUUCAUUUUCUUUAAAAGAAUAUAGUUUUCUUCUAAGA